AAAAAAAAUUCUAAACUGGGUCAAGCACAGUCACAGUUUCACUGCGCAGGCGCAGCUUGUAGGCUGCCUGUCAGUGCCAUAGCAACCAGAGCAGACAUCAACCAUCAACAUGGCAAAAGCAACGACUGUGAGAGAAGCACUGGCCAAAUGGGAGGAGAAAUCAGGGGAGAAAGUGAGUGAUGCUAAAGCCAUUAAACUGUAUGGUCAGGUUCCCCCUAUAGAGAAGAUGGAUGCUUCUCUCUCCACACUCACCAACUGCGAGAAGCUGUCUCUGUCCACAAACUGCAUUGAGAAAAUAACCAAUCUCAAUGGCCUGAAGAACUUGAGGAUAUUGUCAUUAGGAAGAAAUAAUAUAAAGGCCCUCACUGGGCUGGAGGCAGUAGGAGACACAUUAGAAGAGUUGUGGAUCUCUUAUAACUUGAUAGAGAAAUUGAAGGGAAUCCAAUGCAUGAAGAACCUGAGAGUCCUCUACAUGUCGAACAACCUGGUCAAAGAAUGGGGAGAGUUUGUGAGGCUAGCUGACCUGCCAUGCCUUGCAGACCUGGUGUUUGUUGGAAAUCCUCUGGAGGAGAAGCAUUCAGCUGAGGCAAAUUGGAUGGAUGAAGCCUCUAAAAGACUACCUAAUCUGAAGAAACUAGAUGGAACCCCAGUCAUCAAACAGGAAGAGGAUGAAGGAGAUGGAGAGAGCUGAGAAGCAUGACUAUCUGCAAAACUACAACCCCCUUCUCUAAGAGUCUUCCCUUUUUUAAGUUUUGUAUGGUUUGUCAGGGUGCUUUUCUUCAUAUAAAAUGAUUUUUACAACAGCGUAGACUUUGUUGUAGAUCGACAAGCACAAAAUAACCAACAAAUACACAGAUUGUAUAUGUUGAAAAACGUCUGUUAAAUUGACAAUACUUCAGGCCUUGUGGGUUUGGGACUAGAAAUAGGUUUUGAUAAGACCGUAUAUUGCAAGUGAAACUACAUGAUAAGCACAUUUCCUAAUGCUAUUUACAGCAUUAUGGGGUUUUUUUUUUACUGUCAAACUAUGAAGGAUAUUGAAACUAAUAGUAAUUGUUUUUGUUAACUGAAAAUUGACUGUGGGAAUUGGUGGUACAGUACCAUUUGCGGACCAAAAAUACAAAAUAUACAAUGUUAUCUUAGAGUGUCCUUGAUUUAUAUGCCUCUCUAUGUUAUUCUAGCAAGAACUAAAGCACAGUGUAGUACACACACCCAAGUGAGCAGAGACAUUUGUGUGGACCAGAUGUUGAUCAGGUAAUACUAUUAGCUCCAUGUUCCUGGACCUUCUCUAGCCUAAUAGGAGUUGGCUAUAAAUACCAAACACUGUCCUCCCUCCAUAAUAUCACCAUGGAGAGAUGGCCAAAUAAAGCUAAUGAGUAGCUGAAUUAUGCCACAUUUACAUCACAUUGGACUAAGCAGUGAAACAAUUGAUGGUUAGAAAAAGUGACUUGGAGUGAUAGAUUUUAGUGUCAACCACAAAUGAAAAAUCCAGGAAACAGGCCCCCCACCCCCCCGUGGCUCACCUGGUAGCGUGCAUACCAUUAAGGCUGAGUCCCUAAUGCAGUGGCCUCGGUUCAAUUCCAACCCAUGGCCCUUUGCUGCAUGUCAUCCCUUCUCUCUCUCUCCCCCACCUUUCCUGUCUUAUCGCUGUCACUAUCAAAUAAAGGUAAAAUGUCCAAACAAAAAUAAAUCCAGCAAACAAUUGCAUCUUGCCAUGGUACUUGAAGAGCAUACUGUUUUUCCUUGAUGUGAUCAGGAUUCAGGAAUUCACUGAAAUCAGAGUCUAUUACCAACCACGGACUUCUCAGGUAGUAAGCAAGUUAAUAGGUACUAUCCUUCUGAUGUGACAUGAAGGGACCUUUGCCAGCUACAUUGAAACAGCCUUUGGACAGGACUGUGGAGCCAACAUAGCGGAGAGUGAAAACUUACAUGACCAAAAUACAUCCACAGCUCUGUUUGGUUCUGUGUUGUUUGAGAUCUUCCUGACUAUAUAAUACUGAGGUCAUGUAGUAUAUGUCUAAACUUGAUUAUUAAAUGAAUAUGCAUUGUAAUCAGGUCUGUUUAUUUUAAGGGCAGAAACUGGUCUACUGCAUUUUACUGUCAAUUUUAGGUACAUUUUGGAUCUGUAGUUUCCACAUUGUUCUUUAUGAUGUGAUACCAAGGUUAAUGCAUGUCCUCGUUAAUUACCAAUGUUUGUGUAAAAUGAUUUUCAUGUUUUAAAUUUUAGGCAUGUUUGUACAUACAAGUGACAGAUGUUUAUGGUUUUUAAAUAAUUUUAAUAUUUGAAAUAAAUACUAUUUAAGUAUA